AUGCAAAAAGUCGUCUUUCACCAACAUGGCGAUCCAGAAAAAGUCUUGGAGCUGGAGAAAGCAGAGGAACUCCCUUCGCCUGGCAAGGGAGAAGUCCUCGUGAAAGUCACUAAACUACCGAUGCACUCUGGAGAUUUCUUGAUGGUCACCGGCCUUCACAAUCCCCGAGAAUACGAGGUUCCACAAGGAGGUCUCACUCCAGGUGCUGAAGGAGUCGGCGUUGUAGAGGCAUUGGGCCCUGACAUUGAUGUGGCCCGCGGCUUAGUGCCUGGAGCUCGUGUCUCGUUCUUCGUUGUUGGCGCCUGGAAGGAGAAAUUGAUAUUGCAGGCGGACUCCAUCUUUGUGGUCCCUGAGGGGGUUGAUGACGACCUGGCUUCUCAGUUGUAUGUGAAUCCCAUGGCCGCCUUACUCAUUGUGCGGGAAGUGGUGAAUGCGGCUGGUCGUCGAACGGGGAUCUUGCGCAUUUCUGCGAACAGUGCGAUCUUUUCAGGGCUGAAACCGGCCAGCACCGAGCCCGGCGUGGUGAUUCUCUCUGCAGCUGCCUCCAUCACUGCUAAGCUGAUCGCGGGUUUGCUAAAGGAGAAGGGGUUCACUCCAAUUGGUUUGGUUCGCUCACGCGCUGCGGCCGUAGACCUUUGUGCCACAACCGGUAUUCCGACUUUUGCAACUGAAGUCUCAGACUGGCGAGAUCGGAUUCGUAAGGAGGUGUGCGACCGUACCAUUUUCGCAGCCUUAGAUGCAGUGGGUGGAGAGCUCAGUACAGACAUGCUUGAACUCCUUUCACCCGGAGGGACACUGAUUAGCUACGGAAUACUAUCUGGUGAGCCACUCAUUAUCCCGCAGGCGCCUCUUACAAUGGAAGCCAAACUUGUGUGCGGCGUGGGGAUGGUUCAUUGGUCUCUACUGCCAUAUGAACAGCGGGCUGCCGACCUAGCCAUCAUGACGGAAUUUCUGCAGCGCAAUCGUCAGCUUUUGCCCACUUUCAAGGAGUUCAAGUUGUCAGAGCUCAAGGAUGCUCUUCAAUUAUUUUUCCAGCCAGGACGAAAUGGAAUCAUCAUGUUGAUCCCUUAG